GCGGAGACUGCGGGGCGGCCGGGCUCCGGCGGAGACUGCGGGGCGGGCGGGCUCCGGGCGUCUGGGGUGGGGCGAGGGGUCGGCGUCGCUAGGAGACGCGCCUGUGUGACCCCAGCCUGGCGGGGCGGGCGGCCGCGGCGGGAGGCGCCCUGGGCCCCUGGGCGCCGGCGCGGAUGGGAGACCGCGGGGCCUGGCGGGCGGAGCUGGCCGGGACGCGGGGUCGAGGCCGCCUUUCUGGGGCCGGGAGAGCCGCGCCGUCCCCGCGGGGCGCCCGGGCUGCGCGCCGCGGCUUCAUUGGCGGCCGAGAAGGCGAGGUGCCUCUCCGCUCCGGAGCCCGGGAGCCGGGAUGGCCGCGGCCACUAGACCGGCUGUGCUGGGCCUGUACCGCCGCGUGCUCAGGCUGGCCCGGCGGUGGCAGGCGGCGUCCGGGCGGCCGGAGGACAGCGCCCGGGAGCAGCAGGACAUCCUCCGAGAGGCUAGGACGCUGUUCCGGAAAAACAAAGGCAUUCAUCUGCCUCCAAUGGGCCUUACCUCACGACGAGGCCGGGGACUUCGAAAUCAGGAGAAGCUGAGGAAGCUUUCCAAGCCAGUGUACCUCAAGUCUCACGACGAGGUUUCCUAAUGCAGGGAAAGCUUGUUUCUCACACGGUGAGCCAGCCAGGCCUUGAAUGUAAACCAGACGCAAGACCUUUCUGCUUGGUUGGGGCAAAAAUUCAGUUAUCUUCUUUAAAGCCUCCCGAACAUUGGUGCUGACCGCAUGCUGAGUGCUCACAGUGGUCAGGGCCUGCUGCCUGAGGGGAUGCACUGAUCCUGGCACCGCAGACCUCAGGUCCCCCGAGGGGGGAAGUCUGGGAAACGGCGAAGCUGCUGGGGAAGUGCUGGCUGGGCCUGCAGGCUGGCGCAGGAGCUGCCCGGUGCCUGGUUUCUCCCCCCCUCGGGAUAGUGUAGGCUUGCUUUGUAAUUACAGAUUUGCUUACAGGUGGGCUCUCCCCCCGGCCGGAUUGGGUGUGGCCUUGUGCACCUAAAGUUUGCCGACACCAGGCAGGACCCUGUCCGGGUUGCGGGCUCGAUUCCCCAGUUUUUGCUCUUGUGCUGAUAUUUCCUUCUCCCCCACUCCUUUCCUCUCUCUAAAAAUAAAAAGUCUUUAUUUAAAAGUGGG